GGCCUUCUGAAUGAUGAAGGCUGACCACCUAGUGCUCAUGACUCCUGACAGCAGUACUGAAGAGUAAAUUUGAGAAACCAUCAUAUGAAGAUGAGCCAGAUACCAGCACAGGAGCUAAAUGGAACGACCGCCGGGAGUCAAAACUUGGUUCCUUGUGGAAUCUGUGGAAGACAGUUUGCACCAGAUGUUCUGAUGAGACAUGAGCCCAUUUGCAAGAAAGUCUUCAACAAGAAGCGCAAGCCCUUCAAUUCUUUUAAACAGAGGCUGCAGGGAACAGAUAUCGGAACUGUGAAGAGGCAGCCCCCACUGAAGAAUCAGCCGGUGAAGAAAUCUAACUGGAGGCAGCACCACGCGGACUUUAUUAAUGCCAUUCAAUCAGCCAAACAAGUGACGAAAGCUAUGCAAGAAGGCCGUCCUCUUCCACCUCCCCCACCACCAAGCAUCAAUCCAGACUAUAUUCAGUGUCCAUUCUGCUUGAGAAGAUUCAACGAGGCUGCAGCAGCAAAGCACAUCAAAUUUUGUGAAGAACAAGCUGCUCGCCGUGCCAUUGCUGCUAAGAUCACCAAACAGCCUAUGGGCAAGCAACCAGUGACUCAGAGGAAAAAACCAACUGUCACACCUCUGUUACCGCAUGAGAAGAGAGUACAAAAGGUUGAUAAUGCAGAAAAAUCUACUCCAGAGACUCCUCCUGGAACACUGCAAAAAAGCAGAAGACCUUUGGGUAUAUCUCCUGGAAAAAAAUCUGCUGCAGAAUUUGGACAGCAGACACAGACCAGAAGAUAGAGAGGCUGCCUGCCAGGGACGCAUUAAGGUGUUUUGCAGAAGCACUAUGGGCCUUAACAGUGUGAUCCUCCAGCACCUCUUCCACCCCAAGUGCUGCAGCUCAGUCUGUUGUGAUGCAGUGGUAAUAAUACAAUGGGUAUCAUCUCCAAUUAAAAUAAUAAUAACAAUGGAA